AGGACUCACUGGCGUGGCAGGGUGUCUCUCACACCGGACAUGCACUAAGAUUUUGCUUGGCAUUACUCAAAAGCAAAAGGAGGAAAUAAGAGCAAGCAGAAGAGGUUGUGCUGAUUUUAACAUGAUGCAAAAACUGCAGAUGUACGUUUAUAUUUACCUGUUUGCGCUGAUUGCUGCUGGCCCAGUGGACCUAAACGAGGGCAGUGAGCGAGAAGAAAAUGUGGAAAAAGAGGGGCUGUGCAAUGCAUGUGUGUGGAGACAAAACACAAGGUACUCCAGAAUAGAAGCCAUAAAAAUCCAAAUCCUCAGCAAACUCCGUCUGGAAACAGCUCCUAACAUCAGCAAAGAUGCUAUCAGACAACUUCUGCCCAGAGCUCCUCCGCUCCGGGAACUGAUUGAUCAGUACGACGUCCAGAGGGACGACAGCAGCGACGGUUCCCUGGAAGAUGACGAUUACCACGCCACCACGGAAACAAUCAUUACCAUGCCCACAGAGUCUGAUUUUCUAAUGCAAGUGGAUGGAAAACCCAAAUGUUGCUUUUUUAAAUUUAGCUCUAAAAUCCAGUACAACAAAGUAGUGAAAGCCCAGCUGUGGAUACAUCUGAGACCCGUCAAGACUCCCACAACAGUGUUUGUGCAGAUCCUGAGACUCAUCAAACCCAUGAAAGACGGUACAAGGUACACUGGAAUCCGAUCUCUGAAACUUGACAUGAGCCCAGGCACUGGCAUUUGGCAGAGUAUUGAUGUGAAGACAGUGUUGCAAAAUUGGCUCAAACAGCCUGAAUCCAACUUAGGCAUUGAAAUCAAAGCUUUGGAUGAGAAUGGGCAUGAUCUUGCUGUAACCUUCCCGGGACCAGGGGAAGAUGGGCUGAAUCCCUUUUUAGAAGUCAAAGUAACAGACACCCCCAAAAGGUCCCGAAGAGACUUUGGUCUUGACUGUGACGAGCACUCCACAGAGUCCCGAUGCUGCCGUUACCCCCUCACAGUGGAUUUUGAAGCAUUUGGAUGGGACUGGAUUAUUGCACCCAAAAGAUAUAAAGCCAAUUACUGCUCUGGAGAGUGUGAAUUUGUGUUUUUACAAAAAUAUCCCCAUACUCAUCUUGUGCACCAAGCAAACCCCAGAGGCUCAGCAGGCCCUUGCUGCACCCCUACAAAAAUGUCCCCCAUUAAUAUGUUAUAUUUUAAUGGCAAAGAACAAAUAAUAUACGGGAAAAUUCCAGCCAUGGUAGUAGACCGGUGUGGGUGCUCAUGAGCUUUGCAUUAGGUUCAGAACUUCCUAAAUCACAGAAGGUCUCCCCCUCAAUUUUGAAACUGUGAAGUUAUGUACCACAGGCUGUAGGCCUUGAGUAUGCUAUAGUAAUUUAAGCACGAGAUACAGUGGAUGAACUAAAAGAGAGAAUAUAACCAUCAAAAUAAUCCAUAUAAUAGGACAUUUAAUGAUCUCCAGAGUUUUUGAACGAGGAGGAGAUCAAAUCACAUUUAUGUUCAUAUAGAUAUAUAUCAAAACUACAAUCUAGGCAAAGAAAUGGCAGCACUUCUUGCCUGCUGAAUUAAAGGGGUAUGCUUUAAAGGUAAAGUCUUAUUUCUUAACAGUUUCACUUAAUAUUUACGGAAAAAUCUAUACAUAGACUUUGUAAAGUGCAGAAUUGUUAUUAUCAUUUAAAGACAUUCAUGUACAUUUUUAUUUGUAUUGUAUACUCGGUAUGAUAAAAUUCCACAAAAUCAGAAUGGUACCUUCUACGUGUUUCCAUUCCUACUCUAAUUGGACAGCGUAUUGACAACCCUUGCCAGUGGUGCUGAUGCCAUGGGCUAAAUGGCCACUACCAGGCUCCUCAACCGAGCACGCUCUGUGAAGUAGGGUUCUCCCCUUCCAGGGGCUUUCCAUACAGCACUGAGUGGGCAUGCACUUUCUUUAAGGAAAGAAGAUUUUUUUUUU